UAGGUAGGAAAAUAUAUAUAUAUCAUCUUAGGGCUGUUUUCCAGCUAAUAUUAAAAGUCACAAUGUGGUGGAUGAUCUAGGCCUAUAAGAGGUGUCAAUCGAUAGUACGUAUGGUAAGUUCACACUCUGAGAGGUGAGAUCCUGUGAAGCGAGCAGGUGGUACAUCCUGUGAAGGAGUUCAUAGAGACACUCAGCACUUCAAAACCCACCAGUCUGAGAAGACAAAGACUCCAUCACUCAUUCUCUCACAUUCUCGAACACAUUUUCAAUCACGCUCUUUGACAACAUGGCUGCCACAUCUCUCCUGCUCCUGCUCAUCACUCUCCUGCCUGCUCCAGGGCUCACAGGUAAGACCAAACUUCACCUUUGACCUCUACUCACUCUGGGGUGAGAGGGCAGCAGAGUGGGAAACUUUUGACCUUCUCACCCUCAUCUAUUCUCUAGAACAGCAAAGGGACGCUAGGGACAUAGACACACAGAAGGUCUUCUUUCUGGUUUUAUAAUGUAACCUGACAAUUAUGGUACAAUUAAUCAAUUAGUUGUCUGGUAAAGACCAGAACAAUUGAUGUGAUGAAAAACAAUUAAAUAUCUUGUAUCGACGUGAUAGCCCACCACUGCUUACGUUUCAUUAGGGCAAAUCUCUCUGUCCCAGCUUACCAGGACUCUGGCAUAGUGAAUGGAGCAGAAUCCAGACGCAACUCCAAACCCUACAUGGUCUCUAUACAAAACAAGACUAAGCAUAUCUGUGGAGGGUUCCUCGUGUCUGAGAGCUUUGUCAUGACAGCCACCCACUGCUACAUAUGGUAAUUGUGUUUUACUCUAAUCCUAUUGAACUAUUUAGGUAAGAAAAUGACUUCCACAACUGUAACUACUCAAACCAAAAAGUCAUAAAUUGUUCUCUGGUAUCUGUUAAAAAUGGCAUAUUUGUUUUAUGCUGUAGAAUGUUCUGUGUGCUUAGGUGCUCAGUAAGUAGACUGUUGUUUCCUCUUCACAGGGGUGUGAAUCUGACGGUUAUGGUUGGUGCUCAUGACAUUACAAGACCUGGAAGUUCUUCUUACAUCAUUGAUGUGAAAGAUUACCACAUACAUCCUGGUUACAAUGCUAAGACAUUGGAGAACGACAUCAUGCUGUUGCAGGUACAUGACAGCGGAAGUAUGCAAAAUCCAGUGCAGUAGUCAUGUAUGAAAACCUUGGAAGAUGUGUAUAAUAAUAUUUUGUAUAAUAUCAUCAACUGUAUGAUCAUGUGCUCCAAAUGUAGCUUGUCAAAACUACCCCGAAGAGCAAAGCUGUGCAGCAGAUCCCUCUCCCUAAGAAAGACCAGGACAUCAAGGCCAAAUCCUUCUGUACCGUCGCAGGGUGGGGUGCCACCAAAACAGACGGUUCUCCAAACCCAUGCCUUCUAGAGGUGAAUGUAGCUGUUGUAGACAGAAGUUCCUGCCAGAGAUCUUGGGGGAAAACUGGCACCAUAACCCCGUCUAUGAUAUGUGCUGGUGGUACUGCUGCUGAUUAUAAAGGCGUUUGCCAGGUAUGGUCAUAGAAUGUCUUUAAUUCUGAUAAUGCAUUAAUUAUAAAGUGACUUUCUUUGUAAAUGUAGAGUAAUUUUGUUUUUUCAUUCCCUUAUUUCAAUUACUAUUGCAGGGAGAUUCAGGAGGUCCUCUGGUGUGCAAGGGGACAGCAGUAGGAGUUGUGUCCUUUAACCAGAAAGGAAACUGCAAUGAGCCACAGAAGCCCAACGUCUACACCAAAAUAUCAAAGUAUCUUUCCUGGAUCAAGUGUAUCAUGAAGUAUUAAGGAAUGAAAUAUACAUUGAGUGAGUAAUAAAUGAAGAGUUUAUUUCCAAAACGCUAUAUUUACCAAUUCUUCACAUUUGUGUUUAUUCAUCAGAAAUGAUUGCUUAUGGGUACAUUCAUUACCAUUUUCAGAUUUUUAAUUCAUAGAUUUCAGAUGUGUAUGAAAAUGUUUUUUUUUAUUUUUUUGCUAAACGCUAUAUAUGCAUUGUUUAGCUGGAAUGGAAUACAUAGCCUUGCUCAGAGAAAGAGAUUUUGUUUAACAAGUGAUAACUUUUUUCUCAAAAAGCUAGGGGUCAAAAUUAUUGACACCCCUGUAUUCAAUACGUUUCAAUACCUCACCUUGCAAGGAUAGUGGUACUGAGCCUUCUUCUAAAAUGUUUUAUGAGUUGGAGACAUAGCCGCAAGAAGUGGGGGGAGGGGGGGGGGGGGGUGCAUUUUUAAAAAUGGUAAAUCAUUCCUUUUACAUUUCAGUAGACACUCUUAUCCAGAGCAACUUACAGUAGUGAGUGCAUACAUUUUCAUACUGGUCCCCCGUGGGAAUCAAACCCACAACCCUAGCGUUGCAAGCGCCAUGCUCUACCAACUAAACCACAUCAUAUCAUCACAAACCACUUGAUGUCUCAAUGUACUCAAUUACUGUAUUGUGCAUUGUGUUUCUUCAUGGAAAGUCCACAGGUACAAAACCUAGAUGACCAGCCUGUGUACAAUACAGUAAUGUACAUUUACAUGAAGCAGUUUGUAACGAUGGUAAAUUAAUACUGCACAAAAAGUGGUUGUUUUCCAUGUUAUUUGAUCAAGAAAAAUAUUUAAUUUGAUGUGGAUGUUUUGGGUCUUUGCCCAUGACUUUGCACCUUUUGAUGUAAAUGUUUGAGGACAGGGUUUUGUUCUAUUUGGAUUCCAUUAGAAUGACGACCGCAGAGAAAGGAACAGGGCAACAACUCUUACAAUUCCAACUAUGGAAUCUUGCAAGAUACUGUUCUUAAUUUUAUAACUAACAACCUUACUUUGCCAAAAUGGAGAUGAUGAAAAUAAUGUUUUGCUCGCGCUACAGACAUCUAUAUCGGUCCUCUAAUACAGGACUAGUGAAGGCCCAGUACACUACAUUUGUGAAAAAAAAUAUUUAAAAAAAGUAUAAUAUCUGUUUUUAUUAAUUAUUUAUUUUUUAAUUCCGAUUUUUCAGGGGGUGCUACAGCAUCCUCAGCACCCCUACUUCCCGCGGCUAUGGUUGGAGAACACAUUGGGAGGGAUCUUAGACCAUUCCAUUCCUUCAUACAGAAUCCUUCCAGAUCCUUGAUUUAAUUUGUCUUUGCUUAUGGACUGCCCUCUUCAAAUUCACACCACAGGUUUUCAAGUCCAGAGAAUGAGAUGUCCAUUGCAAAAUGUUGAUUUUGUGACCAAUACUUGUUAAACAAAAUGUAUUUCUCUGAGCAAUUGUAUUAGUAUAGAAGAAUAUGAUUUCCACACUUUUUCAGAAGUAUUUACAGUUGAAGUCGUAAGUUUACAUACACUUACACAAACCACUCCACACAUUUCUUGUUAACAAACUAUAGUUUUGGCAAGUCGGUUAGGACAUUUACUUUGUGCAUGACACAAGUAAUUUUUCCAACAAUUGUUUACAGACAGAUUAUUUCACUUAUAAUUCACUGUAUCACAAUUCCAGUGGGUCAGAAGUUGACUAGGCCUUUAAACAGCUUGGAAAAUUCCAGAAAAUGAUGUCAUGGCUUUAGAAGCUUCUGUUAGGCUAAUUGACGUCAUUUGAGUCAAUUGGAGGUGUGGCAGCAUCAUGCUGUGGGGGUGCUUUGCUGCAGGAGUGACUGGUGCACUUCACAAAAUAGAUGGCAUCAUGAGGAAGGAAAAUUAUGUGGAUAUAUUGAAGCAACAUCUCAAGACAUCAGUCAGGAAGUUAAUGAUUGGUCUCAAAUGGGUCUUCCAAAUGGACAAUGAACCCAAGCAUAAUUCCAAAGUUGUGGCAAAAUGGCUUAAGGACAACAAAGUCAAGGUAUUGGAGUGGCCAUCACAAAGCCCUGACCUCAAUCCUAUAGACAAUUUGUGGGCAGAACUGAAAAAGCGUGUGCGAGCAAGGAGGCCUACAAACCUGACUCAGUUACACCAGCUCUGUCAGGAGGAAUGGGCCAAAAUUCACCCAAAGUAGGUCUGGUUUCAUGAAGGCGGCUCAAUACUCUGAAACUACACCACUGCUUCCUCUGAAUGCCAGAAGCCUUGGUCACUGUGGUCCAUCUAUCUGGUUCGGAGUGCUGAUAGCACGGCACUAAUGCAUUGCAAACUUAGCAGGUUCAAAAACUAGUGCACAAGCAAUGGAAAACAGACAGAGAUUACAAUAGCAAGGUCUGCCGUAUCUAGAGUGUUGUGUGGUCACACAUAAUAAAGCGCUAGUUUGUAUUUGUACUUGUAUUUGUAUUUCUUAUGGAUCCCCAUUAGAUGCCUCCUAAGGCAGCAGCUACUCUUCCUGGGGUCCAGCAAAAGUAAGGCAGUUAUACAUGUUUUAAAGCAUUACAAUACAUUCACAACAGAUUUCACAACAUACUAAUAAGUGUGUGCCCUCAGGCCCCUACUCUACUACCACAUAUCUACAACACAAAAUCCAUGUGUACGUGUGUGUAUAGUGCAAAUGUUAUUGUGUGUUUGUAUGCAUGUGUCUGUGCCUAUGUUUGUUUUGCUUUAAAGUCCCCGCUGUUCCAUAAGGUGUAUUUUUAUCUGUUUUUAAAAUCUAAUUUUACUGCUUGCAUGAGUUACUUGACGUGGAAUAGAGUUCCAUGUAGUCAUGGCUCUACGUAGUACUGUGCACCUCCCAUAGUCUGUUCUGGACUUGGGGACGGUGAAGAGACCUCUGGUGGCAUGUCUUGUGGGGUAAGCAUGGGUGUCUGAGGUGUGUGCCAGUAGUUCAAACAGACAGCUCGAUGCAUUCAGCAUGUCAAUACCUCUCACAAGUACAAGUAGGGAUGAAGUCAAUCUCUCCUCCACUUUGAGCCAGGAGAGAUCGACAUGCACAUUAUUAACCCCUUUUUUUUCAAUCUUCGCCUAAAAUAACAUACCCAAUAUUAACUGCCUGUAGCUCAGGACCUGAAGCAAGGAUAUGCAUAUUGUUGAUACCAUUUGAAAGGAAACACUUUGAAGUUUGUGGAAAUGUGAAAUUAAUGUAGGAGAAUAUAACACAUUAGAUCUGGUAAAAGAUGAUACAAACAAAAAAACAUGCAUUUUCUAUUAUUUGUUUUGUUCCAUCAUCUUUGAAAUGCAAGAGAAAGGCCACAAUAUAAUAUUGCAGUUUCCAGUGAAGCAUUGCAAUACUGGACUAUUUUGUAUCAAGUCUGCCCAAAUGUGCCGAAUUGGUCAAUUGAUACAUUAACAAGUACAUAACUAUUGAGAACAUACAAAAAUGAUAUGGUAAUACAAAAUAUAAGUUUACACACUCCCAGGAAUGUCAUACAUGAUGGAUCAUUAGCUUAUACACUAACUUUCACACAUCUAGAUGGCCGGGCGGGGUGGGGGUGGAGCCAGAGACAGCAGGGGUUCAAACAGUAGAACCCAGUUCCUACAUUUGAAUAUAAAAAUGGAUUUGAUCAAACAAAACUAUACUACAUUUUAUCUCUGGGACCCUUAGGAUGACAAAUCAGAGCAAGAUUACUGAAUGUAAGUACAUUAUUUACCUUCAGAGGUGAAUGUAUCAAACCAGUUGCCGUGCUAAGUUUUUUGUUGUUGUGCACUCACCUCAAACAAUAGUAUGGUAUUAUUUCACUGUAAUAGCUACUGUAAAUUGGACAGUGCAGUUAUAUGAACAAGAAUUUAAGCUUUCUGCCCAUAUAAGACAUGUCUAUGUCCUGGAAAGUUUGCUGUUACUUACAACAGUCAUGCUAAUCACAUUAGCGCACAUUAGCUCAACCGUCCCGUAUAUGGGACACCGAUCCCAUAGAGGUUAAUGUUAGCUCUCUGUGUACAUCCAAUGCAGAGUAGCGCUUUAUUAUGGACAGACUUCUCCCCAUCCUAGCUACUGUUGUAUCAAUAUGUUUUGACCAUGACAGUUUACAAUCCAGGGUUACUCCAAGCAGUGUAUUCUCCUCAACUUGCUCAGUUUCCACAUUAUUCAUUACAAGAUUUAGUUGAGGUUUAGGGUUUGGUGAAUGAUUUGUCCCAAAUACAAUGCUUCUAGUUUUGAAAUAUUUAAGACUAACUUAUUCCUUGCCACCCAUUCUGAAACUAACUGCAGUUGCAGUGAUUUCAGUCGCUGUGGUAGCUGACGUGUAUAGUGUUGAGUCAUCAGCAUACAUAGACACACUGGCUAGUUGUUCAUGGUUGGCAUGUAGUGGUUACAUUGACACACAAUGGGGUCACACCCAGGAGGGCAUCGACCUCCAUGUAAAACACAUAGCUCUUGAAUGAGGGUGGAUUCCCUAGUGUUAUACAAAACACUCUGGGUUAAUAUUACACACAGUAACAAUGCAUUGUAAAAAAAAAAUAUAUAUACAUAUAAUAAAUAAAAAUACAACAACAAAAACAUUGAAUGUGGGAAACCAGCACCAUGUCUAUUAAUUAAACUGUGGACGCUGCUCCAUCUCUUGGUUGGAAGACUAAAUAACUUUCAGAAAUAUUUCUGACUCUCUUGUCCCCUCUGCUGGAUAUACUACAGUACCUCAGACACAUGGCCUUUCAAAAUGCAAUUUCUAAACUAAAAACAAGCAUUACAGUGAUAUCAAGCAUAAAUACUUUCUGGAAUUACAAAUACUUAAAGCCAUUUUUCAAGUGAAAAAGUCAGGAUUAAAACUGUACAUCUGUUUGAUCAAAGACAGUUAACCAAUACUGUAGUACCAGUACACGCUCAGAAAAAAAGGUGCUAUCUAGAACCAAAAAGGGUUCUUCAGAUGUCCCCAUAGGAGAACCAUUUGAAGAACCCAUUUUGGUUCCAGGUAGAAUCCUUGUGGUUCCAGGUUGAACCCUUGUGGUUCCAGGUAGAACCCUUUUGGAUUACCAGGACGUGUACUCAGAGCAUGCACGGACCAACUGGCUAGUGUCUUCACUGACAUUUCCAACCUCUCCCUGACCGAGUCUGUAAUACCUAAAUGUUUCAAGCAGACCAGCAUAGUCCCUGUGCCCAAUAAUGCGAAGGUAACCUGCCUAAAUGACUACCGCCCCGUAGCACUCAUGUCGGUAGCCAUUAAGUGCUUUGAAAGGCUGGUCAUGGCUCACAUCAACACCAUCAUCCCGGAAACCCUAGACCCACUCCAAUUCGCAUACCGCCCGAACAGAUCCACAGAUGACACAAUCUCAAUCGCACUUCACACUGUCCUUUCCCACCUGGACAAAAGGAACACCUAUGUGAGAAUGCUGUUCAUUGACUACAGCUCAGCGUUCAACACCAUAGUGCCCACAAAGUUUAUCACUAAGCUAAAGACCCUGGGACUAAACACCUCCCUCUGCAACUGGAUCCUGGACUUCCUGACGGGCCGCCCGAGGUGGUAAGGGUAGGCAACAACACAUCUGCCACGCUGAUCCUCAACACCGGGGCCCCUCAGGGGUGUGUGUGCUUAGUCCCCUCCUGUACUCCCCUGUUCACCCACGACUGCGUGGCCAAGCACGACUCCAAAACCAUAAUUAAGUUUGCUGAUGACACAACAGUGGUAGGCCUGAUCACGGACAACGAUGAGACAGCCUAUAGGGAGGAGGUCAGAGACCUGGCAGUGUGGUGCCAGGACAACAACCUCUCCUUCAAUGUCAGCAAGACAAAGGAGCUGAUGGUGGACUACAGGAAAAGGAGGGCCGAACAGGCCCCCAUUAACAUCGACGGGGUUGUAGUGGAGCAGGUCGAGAGUUUCAAGUUCCUUGGUGUCCACAUCACCAACAAACUAUCAUGGUCCAAACACACCAAGACAGUCAUGAAGAGGGAACUACAACAAAUUUUUUUUUUUUAUUGUGUUACUUUUUAUUUAAUUUAUUAAAUGUUUUCUUUAGUUUAUUCAGUAAAUACUUUCUUAACUCUAGUUCUUGCAUUGUUGGUUAAGGGAUUGUAAGUAAGCAUUUCACGGUUAGGUCUACACCUGUUGUAUUCGCGCAUGUGACAAAUAACAUUUGAUUUGAUUUGAUGUAGAACCCUUUGCACAGAGGGUUCUACAUGCUACCCAAAAGAGUUAUGCUUAAAAGGGAUCUACCUGAAACCAAAAAAGGGUUAUCUUAUGGGGACAGUCGCAGAACCCUUUUGGAACCCUUUUUUCUAAGAGCGUAGGUUGAAAAAUAUAUAUAAUCUUAGGGCUGUUUUCCAGCGAAUAUUAACAGUCACAAUGUGGUGGAUGAUCUAGGCCUAUAAGAGGUGUCAAUCAAUAGUACGUAUGGUAAGUUCACACUCUGAGAGGUGAGAUCCUGUGAAGCGAGCAGGUGGUACAUCCUGUGAAGGAGUUCAUAGAGACACUCAGCACUUCAAAACCCACCAGUCUGAGAAGACAAAGACUCCAUCACUCACUCUCUCACAUUCUCGAACACAUUUUCAAUCACGCUCUUUGACAACAUGGCUGCCACAUCUCUCCUGCUCCUGCUCAUCACUCUCCUGCCUGCUCCAGGGCUCACAGGUAAGACCAAACUUCACCUUUGACCUCUACUCACUCUGGGGUGAGAGGGCAGCAGUGUGGGAAACUUUUGACCUUCUCACCCUCAUCUAUUCUCUAGAACAGCAAAGGGACGCUAGGGACAUAGACACACAGAAGGUCUUCUUUCUGGUUUUAUAAUAUAACCUGACAAUUAUGGUACAAUUAAUCAAUUAGUUGUCUGGUAAAGACCAGAACAAUUGAUGUGAUGAAAAACAAUUCAAUAUCUUGUAUCGACGUGAUAGCCCACCACUGCUUACGUUUCAUUAGGUCAAAUCUCUCUGUCCCAGCUUACCAGGACUCUGGCAUAGUGAAUGGAGCAGAAUCCAGACGCAACUCCAAACCCUACAUGGUCUCUAUACAAAACAAGACUAAGCAUAUCUGUGGAGGGUUCCUCGUGUCUGAGAGCUUUGUCAUGACAGCCGCCCACUGCUACAUAUGGUAAUUGUGUUUUACUCUAAUCCUAUUGAACUAUUUAGGUAAGAAAAUGACUUCCACAACUUUAACUACUCAAACCAAAAAGUCAUAAAUUGUUCUCUGGUAUCUGUUAAAAAUGGCAUAUUUGUUUUAUGCUGUAGAAUGUUCUGUGUGCUUAGGUGCUCAGUAAGUAGACUGUUGUUUCCUCUUCACAGGGGUGUGAAUCUGACGGUUAUGGUUGGUGCUCAUGACAUUACAAGACCUCGAAGUUCUUCUUACAUCAUUGAUGUGAAAGAUUACCACAUACAUCCUGGUUACAAUGCUAAGACAUUGGAGAACGACAUCAUGCUGUUGCAGGUACAUGACAGCGGAAGUAUGCAAAAUCCAGUGCAGUAGUCAUGUAUGAAAACCAUGGAAGAUGUGUAUAAUAAUAUUUUGUAUAAUAUCAUCAACUGUAUGAUCAUGUGCUCCAAAUGUAGCUUGUCAAAACUACCCCGAAGAGCAAAGCUGUGCAGCAGAUCCCUCUCCCUAAGAAAGACCAGGACAUCAAGGCCAAAUCCUUCUGUACCGUCGCAGGGUGGGGUGCCACCAAAACAAACGGUUCUGCAAACCCAUGCCUUCUAGAGGUGAAUGUAGCUGUUGUAGACAGAAGUUCCUGCCAGAGAUCUUGGGGGAAAACUGGCACCAUAACCCCGUCUAUGAUAUGUGCUGGUGGUACUGCUGCUGAUUAUAAAGGCGUUUGCCAGGUAUGGUCAUAGAAUGUCUUUAAUUCUGAUAAUGCAUUAAUUAUAAAGUGACUUUCUUUGUAAAUGUAGAGUAAUUUAGUUUUUUCAUUCCCUUAUUUCAACUAUUAUUGCAGGGAGAUUCAGGAGGUCCUCUGGUGUGCAAGGGGACAGCAGUAGGAGUUGUGUCCUUUAACCAGAAAGACAACUGCAAUGAGCCACAGAAGCCCAACGUCUACACCAAAAUAUCCAAGUAUCUUUCCUGGAUCAAGUGUAUCAUGAAGUAUUAAGGAAUGAAAUAUACAUUGAGUGAGUAAUAAAUGAAGAGUUUAUUUCCAAAACGCUUAUGGGUACCUUCAUGUGUGUGUGUAAAAUAUUACUGUUCUCAGAUCUUUUAUUAAUAGAUUUCAGAUGUGUAUGAAAAUGUUUUUGUUUGUUGUUGUAGGCUGUAUAUCCAUUGUUUAGCUGGAAUGGAAUGUUUGUAUCCUGUAUAUUUGACUGUGAUAUGAUGUUGUCUCACCUAGCUAUUUUAAGAUUAAUUAACUUACUGUAAGUCGCUCUGGAUAAUAGCAUCUGCUAAAUGACUAAAAUGUCAAUUUUUUUAUUUGUUUUACAUACAGAUCUCAUAUUACUGUAUUGAAUUAUAUAUAAUAAAAAAAAAACAUGUAUGUUGAUGUCACCAAUCUAACAUUUGUACAUUUCUUUAUAAUGUUUUUUGUUAUUUUUGUUAUUUCUUACAUUUGACUGCGUAAAACCUAGCAGUACUACUUAUUUCUCUGAUAGUGAGGCAAAUAUAUAGCAUUUUGCACAAAAAAAACCCAGAAACAUGAUUAUCUGUCUGAAAUGAAACCAUCAAGUGAUAGAUUUUUAACAAAUACAUGUCUGUCAUUGAACAAAUCCCAUGCCAUGAUUAGAUAGUGUAAAAACACACCAAUCUCUUUCAUAAUUUCUUUAAACAAUAAAAGCUAAUUCACCAACAUUUCUGAAAAAGGAUAUUUGGAGUUUUGGAAUGAAACUCUUCAAAUAUAUAUCACUGUAUCAAACAGAAAAGGAUGUCCGUUCUUCAAUGAGCUCUGUACCGUGUCUGUGUGCCUGUGAGAAUGUGUUUGCGGACGUAAGAGAAACUGUUUAUGCACGCACAUGCACGUGUUUAUUUUAGUUGAUUUCCAUUAACAGCCUCAAGUCAUUUUCCAUUCUUCACUGUAGAUAAAGGCUAUAUACGGUUAAAAAUAUGACCAAGCUCUUUAAGUCAACGCAAGUAGCCUCAUGUGUGUAUAUUCAUCCGAUGUACAGUAUAUACGUACAGAUUGCAUUUGGAUUACUGUUACAGAGCUUUUGGGUUAAUUGGAUUCGUUCUGACAUUUCUUUUUUUAAAUGUUUUUAUUUGUUUUACAUUUUACUGCAUUGUUAGGAGCUAGUAACAUAAGCAUUUUGCUGCACCUGCUAUAACAUCUGAUAAACUGCGUACAUGACCAAUAAACUUUGAUUUGAUUUGAGUAUACAUCUUUAGGCAGCUAGCUCUUCUUGCAUCUUCAGCAGUCAUCACCCAACACCACCACACGUGGAAACUUGUCUCUCUGUUUCUGUGUGCUGAGAAACACUCAGAUGUAGUUUCACAGAAGAAUACCACCAAGGUCCAAGAUUAUUCAACAAGGUUCCACUUCAAUGAUCACAACACAACUUCCUCUUAAUCUGAAACUAACAUUGCAUUUAAUGUUUUACUGUUGUUUCUAUAGUGACUUGAAAGGUAUGGCCCUUUCGUAGUUAACAUGUUGUUUCUGAAUAGGUGCACUCUGUAGGCCAAUAUCUAUCUCAACUAGUUUUCAUUGUGAGUCCCCCGUCCCCAUCCCCGUCCCCGUCCCCGUCCCCGUCCCCGUCCCCCGUCCCCGUCCCCGUCCCCCGUCCCCACUCUCUUGCUCCCUCUGCUAGAUGUAACCAUACCUGAGAGUCUUGACACAACAGACAUGAGACAAGACAAAAGCAUUUACCACUAAGUAUGAAGAAAUGUAUCAUAGUGCUGUUUUCACUGGAAAUGUGAAUAAUCAUAAUGUGAUAAUCACAAUGACAGGAUUCUGGCAUAGUGAAUGGAGUACAGGCCAGGUGCUACUCCAAACCCUAUACGGUCUCUGUACAGGCAAAGACACAUAUCUGUGGAGUGUAUGUGUGUGUGUGUGCGUGUGUGUGCUGAUUUCCAGCAAAAGCCUCAAGUCAUUUUCCAUGAGUCACUACUGACAUGAACAACAUAGGGUUAUUAUCAUACGAGUCUUUAGACACAUAGGCUACAUGGAAACAAAUAGUGAAGAAAACAAAGUAGCUCUGGUUUCAUGAAGGCGACACAAUACUCUGAAACUACACCACUGCUUCCUUUGAAUGCCAGAAGCCUUGGUCAAUGUGGUUCAUCUAUCUGGUUCGGAGUGCUGAUAGCACGGCACUAAUGCAUUGCAAACUUAGCAGAUGCAACAAGUGGUUCACAGCGCGACUGAAAACAGACUGAGAUGACAAUAGCAAGGCCUGCCACAUUUUAUUUGAUUUUAUUAGGAUCUCUUUUAGUCCUCAUUUGGACUAAUCUUCCAAGAGUCCUUAAACAUUAAAAUACAAUUUAUAAUACAAUCACAUUUUCACCUAUAACACACUGGUACAAACAACAGAUGUAAUACACUGACAUAUUGACCAGAUAAAUACUCUGACAGAAUAUUUAGAUUUAGAUAGAUUGGUUCCUUCCUCUACCAUAGUCAUGCACAUCCUUCCAAUGUAUUAUGUUUAAGUAGUUCUAAAGUAUUGUAUGACUUUUUAUAUUGAAAGGUUUUUGGUUUGCUCAGAUAAAUAAUUCAAUUUCUUUAUUGCGCUGAAUCUAAAUGUUAUUUUGCCAAUUUCUCUUCUCUGCCGGGAUAAGACAUAGAUGGCGGACAAUCUAUUCCUAGUAUUGACUGAAUGUCUGUCUCUUACCAACUGAAUCCUGUUGUGAAUGGAGUUUGGCCGUUUUAAAUAGUGUACAUUGUGAAAUGAAAUAAGCAUGUUUUUUAGGUAUCUAGAGUGGGGUGAUCACACAAUGUUAACGUCUAGUUGUUCAUGGUUGGCACGUAGACACAUAAUGGGAUCAAAGAAAGGAGGGCAUCGACCUCCAUGUAAGACAAAUAGCUAUUGUCUUGAAUGAGGGAGAAAGCACAGACAAUUUAAAUAGGUAAUUACAUGGGAUAAGCUGGUGGAAUUCUCUGAUGUUACACAAAACACGCUGGGUUAAUGUUGCACAAUGCAUUGUAGGAGGGGGGAAACACUGAAUGUGGGGAAACCAGCACCAUGUCGAUUCUUUCAACUGGGGACGCUGCACCAUCUCUUGGUUGUAAGACUGAAUAACUUUCAGAAAUAUUUCUGACUCUCUUGUCCCCUCUGCUGGAUAUACUACAGUACCUGAGACACACGGCCUGACAAAAUGAGUAUUCAAUUAUUUCUUACCUAAAUACAAUUAUUACAGUGAUAUCAAGCAUGAAUCCUUUCUGGAAUUACAAAUACUUAAAGCCAUUUUUCAAGUGAAAAAUUAGUGAUUAAAACGGUAUAUCUGUUUUAUCAAAGAAAGUUAACUAAUAGUACAAUUAGGUAGGAAAAUAUAUAUCAUCUUAGGGCUGUUUUCCAGCGAAUAUUAACAGUCACAAUGUGGUGGAUGAUCUAGGCCUAUAUGAGGUGUCAAUCGAUAGUAUGUAUGGUAAGUUCACACUCUGAGAGGUGAGAAUCUGUGACACUAGCAGGUGGUACAUCCUGUGAAGGAGUUCAUAGAGACACUCACCACUUCUAAACCCACCAGUCUGAGAAGACAAAGACCCCAUCACUCAUUCUCUCACAUUCUCAAACACAUUUUCAAUCACGCUCUUUGACAACAUGGCUGCCACAUCUCUCCUGCUCCUGCUCAUCACUCUACUGCCCGCUCCAGGGCUCACAGGUAAGACCAAACGUCACCUUUGACGUCUACACACUCUGGGGUCAGAGGGCAGCAGAGUGGGACAUUUUACCUUCUGACCCGCAUCUAUUCUCUAGAACAGCAAAGGGACGCUAGGGACAUACAGUGGGGAAAAAAAGUAUUUAGUCAGCCACCAAUUGUGCAAGUUCUCCCACUUAAAAAGAUGAGAGAGGCCUGUAAUUUUCAUCAUAGGUACACGUCAACUAUGACAGACAAAAUGAGAAAAAAUUAUCCAGAAAAUCACAUUGUAGGAUUUUUUAUGAAUUUAUUUGCAAAUUAUGGUGGAAAAUAAGUAUAUGGUCAAUAACAAAAGUUUCUCAAUACUUUGUUAUAUACCCUUUGUUGGCAAUGACACAGGUCAAACGUUUUCUGUAAGUCUUCACAAGGUUUUCACACACUGUUGCUGGUAUUUUGGCCCAUUCCUCCAUGCAGAUCUCCUCUAUAGCAGUGAUGUUUUGGGGCUGUCGCUGGGCAACACGGACUUUCAACUCCCUCCAAAGAUUUUCUAUGGGGUUGAGAUCUGGAGACUGGCUAGGCCACUCCAGGACCUUGAAAUGAUUCUUACGAUGCCACUCCUUCGUUGCCCGUGCGGUGUGUUUGGGAUCAUUGUCAUGCUGAAAGACACAGCCACGUUUCAUCUUCAAUGCCCUUGCUGAUGGAAGGAGGUUUGCAGUCAAAAUCUCACGAUACAUGGCCCCAUUCAUUCUUUCCUUUACACGGAUCAGUCGUCCUGGUCCCUUUGCAGAAAAACAGCCCCAAAGCAUGAUGUUUCCACCCCCAUGCUUCACAGUAGGUAUGGUGUUCUUUGGAUGCAACUCAGCGGCGUAGUGUGUUACUGAUGGUAGGCUUUGUUACUUUGGUCCCAGCUCUCUGCAGGUCAUUCACUAGGUCCCCCCGUGUGGUUCUGGGAUUUUUGCUCACCGUUCUUGUGAUCAUUUUGAACCCACGGGGUGAGAUCUUGCGUGGAGCCCCAGAUCGAGGGAGAUUAUCAGUGGUCUUGUAUGUCUUCCAUUUCCUAAUAAUUGCUCCCACAGUUGAUUUCUUCAAACCAAGCUGCUUGCCUAUUGCAGAUUCAGUCUUCCCAGCCUGGUGCAGGUCUACAAUUUUGUUUCUGGUGUCCUUUGACAGCUCUUUGGUCUUGGCCAUAGUGGAGUUUGGAGUGUGACUGUUUGAGGUUGUGGACAGGUGUCUUUUAUACUGAUGACAAGUUCAAACAGGUGCCAUUAAUACAGGUAACGAGUGGAGGACAGAGGAGCCUCUUAAAGAAGAAGUGACAGGUCUGUGAGAGCCAGAAAUCUUGCUUGUUUGUAGGUGACCAAAUAUUUAAUUUGCAAAUAAAUUCAUAAAAAAUCCUACAAUGUGAUUUUCUGGAUUUGUUUUCCUCAAUUUGUCUGUCAUAGUUGACGUGUACCUAUGAUGAAAAUUACAGGCCUCUCUCAUCUUUUUAAGUGGGAGAAUUUGCACAAUUGGUGGCUGACUAAAUACUUUUUUCCCCCACUGUAGACACACAGAAGGUCUUCUUUCUGGUUUUAUAAUGUAACCUGACAAUUAUGGUACAAUUCAUCAAUUAGUUGUAUGGUAAAGUACAGUAAAAGCACAAAUAUGGAAAACCCGGUGCCGAAUUGCAAUUGAAAAUAUUUUGGUUUCCAGCGAGACAGUCUUUAAACAAAUUCGAAUUGAUCUGAAAAGGAGAAGAACCAUUGAAACGAAACGUGGAGGGGGUGAACGAUGGGAAGUUGUUGACUUUUGAAUCCCUUAAAAUCAUUCUCAAUCUUUCUUCAUUAUGAAAUGUAAAUGUGAUAUAAUGUAUGGUAUUGAUGUUAAUAAAGCUGAUCUUGUUAUAAAAACACAAUUUUUUUAAGUAAAUAGCAGAAUGUCAUGAAAAAUUAUUCAAUAUCUUGUAUCGACGUGAUAGCCUACCACUGCCUACGAUUCAUUAAGGCAAAUCUCUCUGUCCCAGCCUACCAGGACUCUGGCAUAGUGAAUGGAGCAGAAGCCAGACUUAACUCCAAACCCUACAUGGUCUCUGUACAAGCAAAGAAGUCACAUAUCUGUGGAGGGUUCCUCGUGUCUGAGAGUUUUGUCAUGACAGCCGCCCACUGCUACAAAUGGUAAUUGUGUGUUACUCUUAUCCUAUUGAACUAUUUUGGUAAGAAAAUGACAUCUACAACUUUAACUACUCAAACCAAAAAGUCAUAAAUUGUUCUCUGGUAUCUGUUAAAAAUGGCAUAUUUGUUUUAUGCUGUAGAAUGUUCUGUGUGCUUAGGUGCUCAGUAAGUAGACUGUUGUUUCCUCUUCACAGGGGUGUGAAUCUGACAGUUGUGGUUGGUGCUCAUGACAUUACAAGGCAGGAAAGUUCUCACAUCAUUGAUGUGAAAUAUUACCACAUACAUCCUGGUUACAAUGCUAAGCCAUUGGAGAACGACAUCAUGCUGUUGCAGGUACAUGACAGCAGAAGUAUGCACAAUGUGAGAAUGUCUCUUAGCUUAGCCCCCCAUUCCUCAAAUAAUAAAUGCCAAAUGUACUGUUAUAAAUAACAUAUCUACAUAGAUUAACAUUUCAUUUAAUGAGGUGUGAUUUACAUCUACAUUUUAGUCAUUUAGCAGAUGCUCUUAUGCAGAGUAACUUACAAUAGUGAGUCCAUACAUCUUCUUUUUAUUUUGUACUCGUCCUCCGUGGGAAUCAAACCCACAACCACAGCAUUGCAAGCGCCAUGCUCAACCAACUGAGCCACACAAGACCCAUAGUCGCGUAUGAAAACCUUUGAACAUGUGCAUACAUAGUAGCCUAUUAAUGUUGCAUAAUAUAUCAUAUAGUGUAUUAGAAAACCUAACUACAGACAUGUACUCUAACUGUAGCUUGUCAAAACUACCCGGAAGAGCAAAGCUGUGCAGCAGGUCCCUCUCCCUAAGAAAGACCAGGACAUCAAGGCCAAAUCCUUCUGUACCGUGGCAGGGUGGGGUGCCACCAAAACAGGGGGCUCUGCAAACCCACGCCUUCUGGAGGUGAAUGUCACCGUUGUAGACAGAAGUUCCUGCCAGAGAUCUUGGGGGAACACUGUCACUAUAACCCCGUCUAUGAUAUGUGCCGGUGGUACUGCUGCUGAUUAUAAAGGCAUUUGCCAGGUAUGGUCAUAGAAUGUAGUUAAAGGGCAACUCCACUACUUUUCAACUUCAUUUCCAUUAUCUCCAGCACAAUACCAGUGUCAACAUAUGUGAAAAUGGCGCAUUACUACGCUUUGUAGAAAAAAUAUCAAGUAAAGAAGUUCUACCCAAUGACAUCAUCAAAAGAUAAAACAUUUUCAGUCACUAUGUGAUUCGUGGUGACAUGGGGAGCAAGGAAAUACCCUCCCUUGGGCUAGAAACUCGUUUCAGGUCUUGAAAAUCACUGUGUUUUUUAAAAACUUUUAAUCCUACCCUUUGAUUUUUUAGGACCUUUCUUCUUACAGUAUCUUUUUAACCACAGAUCUUAGAAAUGUGUUUUCACAUAUGAACAGUUAAUUUCCAAAACGCUAUAUCCACAAAUGUUUUCAGAUUUGUGUUUUUUCAUCAGAAAUGAUUGCUUAUGGGUACCUUCAUGUGUGUGUAAAUUUGUUAUGUUCUCAUAUGUUUUGUUCAUAGAUAUUAAAUAUGUAUGAAAAUGUGUUAUUUUUGCAAAACGCUAUGUAUCCAUUGUUUAGCUGGAAUGGAAUGUUCGUAUCCUAUAUAUUUGACUGUGAUAUGUGGUUGCCUCACCUAGCUAUCGUAAGAUAAAUGCACUUACUUUACUGUAAGUCGCUCUGGAUAAGAGCAUCUGCUAAAUGACUAAAAUGUCAGAUCUCAUAUUACUGCAGGUAGCCUAGCGGUUACUGGUUCAAAUACCUAAACCGACUAUGUGAAAAAUCUGUUGAUGUGCCCUUGAGCAAGACACGUAAUCCAAAUUGCUCCUGUAAAUCACUCUGGAUAAGAGCGUCUACAAAAAAUGUAAUUAUUUAAAAAAAGCAUUUUUAAAUAUUGAUGUCACAAAAGUAUCAUUUAUACAGUUAUUUAUAAAAAAAUGUAUUUAUUUGUUACAUUUGACUGUGUAAAACCUAGCAGUACUACUUAUUUCUGUGAGACUGAGGUGGAUAUGUAGCAUUUAGCAAAAAAAAUAGAUUAUUUGUCUCUCUGAAAUGAAACCAUGAAGUGAUAUAUGUCUGUCACUGAACAACCCCAUGCCUCGAUUAGAUAGUGAAACAACACAACAAUCGCUUUCAUAAUUUCUUUAAACAAUAAAAGCUAAUUUACCAACAUUUCUGAAAAUAGAUAUGCUGCAUUUUGGAAUGAAACUCUUCAUAUGUAGACACUGGUUUGGUGCUGGAGAUAAUGAAUAUGAGGUUGAAAAUUGUUGGAAUUGCCCUUUAAUUCUGAUAAUGCAUUAAUUAUAAAGAAGCGAUUUGCUUUGCAAAUGAAGAGUACGUUUGUUUUUUCCCUCCAUUGUUUCAACUAUCAUUGCAGGGAGAUUCAGGAGGUCCUCUGGUGUGCAAGGGGACAGCAGUAGGAGUUGUGUCCUUUAACCAGGAAGGAAACUGCAAUGAGCCACAGAAGCCCAACGUCUACACCAAAAUAUCCAAGUAUCUUUCCUGGAUCAAGUGCAUCAUUAAGUAUUAA